CGCUCGCCGCUCUCCCACCCCCGGCCGAGGGAGAGCAACUCCCUUAGCAGGGCGCGCCGCCGAGUUGGCGAAAGGGGAGGAGGCGGGAGCGAGCCGCUGCAGCCGCAGAGAGGCCGGGAUCCCGGAGCGUAGCUCGCGGACCCCGCCGGGGUGGCCUCUGCAGCCGCGGGGACCCCGCGUUCGGGGCUCCCCUGCUCCCUUUCGUAAGUCGACUUGGCCACGCAGGCCAGUGAGGAACGCCCGGGGCCGGGGUGCAGAGCUGUCCCGCGGUGGCGGGUGCGGGGCUCGGAUCCCAGCCGCGGGGUGGCCGGGACGCCGGGACCCUUACCCCCUCGAGACUUUCACUUUCCCGCUGGGGAAAACUUGGGCGCCGCGUUGCUCUCGGGGGUGAGAGCUGGGGCGUCGGCCCCGGGGUGCCGCAUCGGGAUCCCGAGCUGAGCCCCCGCCUGGCUGCGCGCCUGCCGGUGUCGGCGCGCAGAUGGAGCCCGGAGCUACUGUGGGCGACCCCGCCGCGCGCCAAGCGGACGCCGCAACUUCGGGAACCCGCGCGGCGGCCGGGAGUCGCGCGGCGUGUGCGCACCAGGGUUUCCCCAGACUCUCCCGAAGCGGUGAGGACGCGGCUCCGGCAUGCGCCCUUUCCCGAGGCGGUGGUCGCGCAAUCUAGGACCUCCCGGCCGGGGCGCCAGGAAGAACCGCUCAGGCGAGGGACGCUGAGAGGCAGGGUCACGACGCUCGCUUUUCCCGACUAGCCCGCCAGCUUCGCCCCAGCCUCGGGCCGAGCGACGCUGCGGGAGACCCGGCCGUGGGCGUCCUCGCCCGGGGUAGGCGGGAGAAUGAAGGCAUUCAAAUGUUGUUUUAAAUACCCAGCACAGCAGAAAGUUUUCAUCUUAUUUGUAACUCUGUGGCUGUUCUCCCUGUUGAAGCUUCUAAAUGUGAAAAGCCUCUUCUUCCCUCAAAGAGAUAUUUACUUGGUCGAGUCCUUCCUGAGUACCUCGCCUUUUGUAAGGAACAGGUACACUAAUGUGAAGAAUGAAGUCAGGUAUGACGUGAACUGCUCAGGGGUCUAUGAACAGGCUCCUUUGGAAAUCGGCAAGAGUCUGGAAAUAAGAAGGAGAGACAUCAUUGACUUGGAUGAUGAGGAUGUCGUGGCAAUAACCAGUGACUGUGACAUUUAUCAGACCCUGCGAAGGUACCAUCAAAAGCCCGUUUCAAGGGAGGAGAAGAGCUUCCCCAUAGCCUACUCUUUGGUCGUUCACAAAGAUGCCAUUAUGGUUGAAAGGCUACUCCAUGCUAUAUACCACCAGCACAAUAUUUACUGCAUCCACUAUGACCAUAAGUCACCUGAUGUCUUCAAAGUUGCCAUGAACAAUUUAGCCAAGUGCUUCUCCAAUGUUUUCAUUGCCUCCAAAUUGGAGACAGUGCAAUAUGCGCACAUUUCCAGACUCCAGGCCGAUCUGAAUUGCUUGUCAGACCUCCUCAAGUCCUCAGUUCGGUGGAAAUACGUUAUCAAUCUGUGUGGGCAAGAUUUUCCAUUGAAGUCAAAUUUUGAAUUGGUAUCAGAGUUGAAGAAACUCAACGGAGCAAAUAUGUUAGAAACGGUGAAACCCCCAACCAGUAAAAUGAAAAGAUUCACUUAUCACUAUGAACUCAGACAGAUGCCUUAUGAAUAUGUAAAGCUACCAGUAAGGACAAACGUCUCCAAGGAAGCCCCCCCUCAUAACAUUGAGAUAUUUGUUGGCAGUGCUUAUUUUGUUUUAAGUCGGGCAUUUGUGAAAUACAUUUUCAACAACUCCCUCGUUAAAGACUUUUUUGCCUGGUCUGAAGAUACGUACUCGCCGGAUGAACAUUUUUGGGCUACCUUAAUUCGGGUACCAGGAAUACCUGGGGAGAUUUCUAGGUCAGCCCAAGAUGUGUCUGACUUGCAGAGUAAGACCCGCCUUGUCAAAUGGAACUAUCACGAAGGCCUCUUGUAUCCACGAUGUACGGGCUCCCACCUUCGAAGUGUGUGUAUCUUUGGGGCAGCAGAAUUAAGGUGGCUGAUAAACGACGGGCAUUGGUUUGCUAAUAAAUUUGAUUCUAAGGUGGAUCCUGUCUUGAUUAAAUGCCUGGCGGAAAUGCUUGAAGAGCACCAGAGACAAUGGAUCACUUUAUCUUCAAAAAACUUACUUAGGGCUAAAAAUCCCAUAAUCACAUCAUGAUGAAAUCAUGAUAGAAGGAAGGUGUCUGAUAAAUAGAGCUCUUAUGGACUUGUAUGCCCUACUGGGCAUACUGGGGUUCCACUUGAACUUAACCUCCUCAUAGUUUGCGAGGUGUCCAUAAUUCCAUGCACAAAGGCGACAAUUAGCCUGAAUUUGGUUGGGUGUUUUUAUGUUUGUUUCCUUGUAACCUUAUGGAGCUAAAUCAGAGAUUCUAAAUGGUCCAUUAUCAGAGCUCAGAAACUACUGAGCUCCAGCUGUAUGCCAGGUACUUUUAUAGAAACACGGAGGAAUUUAAUCCAAAUUGCAAUGAGUUGUACAAUGCCUUCAAGGCUUGCCCUAGCCCCACAGCAACCUUAAUAUCUUACAUUUUCCUCAUAGCAAUCAAGAUUCUACAGAAAAGGUGUUGGAGUGUGGGAUAAUCAUGUAACCAUUGAAACCACCAGUUUCAGGGUAGUGUUUAUGUUCAGUGACCAACACUCCACUUGUCUUUUAAUUCAGCUCCCUAGACUUUUCUUAACCAUUAGAAUAUUUGAAGGAGAAACCACUACCUCAGGAAAGCUCAAACGAUUGUCCAAUUUCUUCCUUGCCAAAGCAUAAUUUUCCUAUUGGUGCCUCACCCUUUGAGUUCAGAGUCCAAAGACUCUGUUGGCGGGACAUUUACAGUGGGUGAAUGUCAGGGAGGCUGGGUGGGGCCUGAGGGGAUUGGGAUAAAUGGUGCCUGAAGAGAAACAAAGGGAUCUGUAGGACUUUCACAUCAUGUUACACAAUGGCUUCGUGAAUGAUCUCUUUUUAAUUCAAUUAGUUCUUUAAAAUUAUUGAUUAAAUAUAAGAACUUGAUUAAUAGUUCAAAGUGUUACACUCCCAAAUGUUGAACCUAAGUCUUCUAGCUCCUAGAUUAUCCUUAUAUGUAGGGUUCUUUUAUAGUGGAAUUAGUGUAAUUUUGUUUUAUGGAACCAUUAAGCUAAGAAUCACUGAAUUUUCUCGAAAAGGUUUGUAAAAUAUGACAG